AGCAGGGAUGGGGUGGGGGGUGGGGAGGGAAGGGGGGGGAAGCGAUCGCGAGAAAAAAAAAAUGCAACCUCCCAAAAUAAAGAGCAAAGAUUGCAUUAGGAGCGAACAGCAAUGCAGAAAUAGAUGGCAGCUUCGUGUCAGUGAGUUUGCAUCCCCCUUCCUGGUCCACGAGCUGGAGUGAUUAGAGCCCUGGAAGGGAAUUAUUGCAUUUACUACAGUGGAGAAGUACCCCUUUCCUGGCAGCCGUUUCCACUGUACAUGUUGGAUGCCUCUCUCCAUCCUCUUUCACUCUCUCUUCUCUCAUCUCCUCUCUCCCUUUCUCCUCCGCAUUGAUUUUUUUUAAGUGUGACUGAAACGAAACAAAACAAACCAAAAGGGACCCUGGAUUUAUGCCUUUUUUGGGGGGUGAGACAAACAAACAAAUAGACAAACAAACAAAACUGUGGAAGGGGGAGGGUUUCUCCUCCUGCUUUGCCCAGCAGCAGCAGCAGCAUGGACGUGUUGGCUAGUUAUAGUAUAUUCCAGGAGCUGCAACUUGUCCACGACACCGGCUACUUCUCAGCUUUGCCAUCCCUGGAGGAGAACUGGCAGCAGACAUGCCUCGAAUUGGAACGCUACUUGCAGACAGAGCCCAGGAGGAUCUCAGAGACUUUUGGUGAGGAGUUGGACUGCUUCCUUCAUGCCGCUCCUCACCCGAGUAUCGAGGAAAGCUUCCGGCGCCUGGAUCCCCUCCUGCUCCCCAUGGAAGCCUCCACGUGUGAGAAAAGCUCUGCAGUGGACAUUCUGCUCUCCCGGGACAAGUUGCUAUCUGAGACCUGCCUCAGCCUGCAGCCACCAAGUUCCUCCUUAGAUAGCUACGCAGCAGUCAACCAGGCCCAGCUCAAUGCAGUGACCUCAUUAACGCCUCCUUCUUCCCCUGAGCUCAGCCGCCAUUUGGUCAAAACCUCACAGACUCUCUCAGCUGUAGAUGGCACAGUGACAUUGAAACUGGUGGCCAAGAAGGCCUCGCUUAGCUCAGUAAAAGUGGGAGGGGUGGCAGCCGCAGCCGCAGUGGCAUCAGCUGGGGCCAUAAAGAGCGGACAGAGUGACAGUGAACAAGGAGGGAUAGGGGCUGAUGCAUCCCCUGAAAACAAGAAGAGGGUUCACCGUUGUCAGUUUAACGGGUGCCGGAAGGUUUAUACAAAAAGCUCCCACUUAAAGGCCCACCAGAGGACUCACACAGGUGAGAAGCCUUAUAAGUGUUCAUGGGAAGGGUGUGAGUGGCGUUUUGCACGAAGUGACGAGCUUACAAGGCACUACAGGAAACACACGGGUGCAAAGCCCUUUAAAUGCAACCACUGCGACAGGUGUUUUUCCAGGUCUGACCACCUCGCCCUCCAUAUGAAGAGACAUAUCUAAAUAACCUAAUGACCAGAGUAGCUCCAUGGCACUGGCCGUUGUCUAAAGGAAGGAUCUUUAGACAGGCGGCUGGAAUUUGGUCAGAACUUUGCUGCCUUGCAGAAGAGAGAAAGAGAGAGAGUUCUUACAUAUAAGCCUCUGUGUACACAUGCACACAUACACAUACACACACACACACACACACAGAGUCAUGCACUCAACUAUACUCAAGAUAUCUACAUCUGUUCUUUAUGCCUUGCCCUAGCCAGAUGGUAGAAGAUGAUGAAGAAACCGGGUGAACUCUCAGCAAGGCAGAAAGGCUGCCUUCUUCAGCGCUAUCAGAAUUGCAUCCCGCUGUUGGCAACGGAAUUCAAAGAAAAUGGAUGUGGCUUCUCUGCAGGUGGAUGGCAGCAGUAAGAGGGGCUUAUUUAACUUGCUUCUCAGUGCAACUUGAUGGGAGAAUACAUCGUCUUAAAGUUGCAUACUUGUAGCACUAACUUGUCUUCUUUUUAAAUGGUUGGGGGAAAAAAUGACCUAGAAAACCAAAUCCCAGUUUGGUAGCCAAAAUUAACCUCUUGGUUCAUUUGUCCUUUGUGUCAGAAAAAUCCCAAUAUUCAAAGCGUCAGACUUCCUCACAGACCUUUUGACCUGUUUUGGUUCUUCAUAGGACUGAGCUAUUGAGAUCUUUUCAAGUCCGUACCAAUGGCCUUAACGGCAGUAGACUGUGGAAUGACACCUUACACUUUCUGGCCUGCGUUCGUGUAGACUUCGUGAAGGAGGAAUUUUCUUUUCUUACUUUUUGCACACCAUAUGCACUAGGGAUUCUGGAAACUUCUAGCAUGACUACAAAGUGGCCAAGAGAAUAAAACCCUUGAAAAAAAAAAUCACAGUGUAUACCUUUGGCCUCACCUUAUUGCCAUAGCUAGAUUUUUUCUUUUUAAUCUCUCUGAUUUUGCUAAUGAAAACUUGAAAAGCUUAUUUGGAAGCUUAAAUGUUUUAUCUUUUCUCCAUGGACUAAAACCUCUAGGACUAUCUCGUCACCUGGAUGCCCGAAUCUCGGAGUGGCCAAUCAGAUGUGACAUCACACUUCUCAUAUCCUCCUUGGGGGCGUGCUGGCCUCAGCCCAUGGUGAUCAACAAAUUGUGUUGUGUGUUAUUUUUGCGUUCCUACUAACCAGUUACAGCAUAGAUGUCUCUAGCCUCAAUGGGCAUCUGUGUCUUUGACCUAACUUUGGGUUAUGACCUGUCAAAAAAAAGCCAAAAAUACCCCUCCGUGCAGGAGUGGAGGGAAAAUGAGGAUGCCUCCCAAGUCCAGAGGCUUCACACAGCAUCAGUCAAUUCUUCUUUCUCAUUUCCACUGAGCUCACAUUAUCCUGCUUGUUAAAAAGGGAGAAAAAAAAAUACACUUUAAGAGUCCGUUGUGGGAAUGAAGGGCUGGCAUUUAUGCAAAGUGUUGAGGUUUUUCUGUCUAAGGGAGAGAAGUAUUGCUCAUUUCAGGCAGUGGGCCCGGCAUGGCCUGUGACUUAGAGCAUCCAGGACUAGCAGAGGCCCCUAAAUUAUUCUCCAAGCUUAAUCCUGCCCAUUGCUAAAUUUGACCUUUGGAGCUCAAAGGAGAUUUAGAUUCCUCACUUUUCCAUCACACACGUAAAAAUUGAUAUCUACAUACCUGUAUCUCUAGCUAGUUGGCACUGGCCUCAACUCCAAAGACUGCCUUUAGGGCCAUUAAAUGGCCUAUGCAAGCAGGUGGGGUGGUCACUAGGACAGGUUGUAUAUUUUGUAUAUUCUCGGACCAUCCCGUCAAGACACAUCUAGAAAACAAAAAUGUCAUUUGGUCCACCAAUGGUCACGGUUCCUUCAUACCAGCCGGCUACCCUCCUGCCCUCCUUUUGACUGUUUUGACUCAUUGACUGUUAAAAUGUUACCCCAGACAUAUUUGGGAUGCAAAACUGAACUCUCUUUAAGAUAAUAAUAAUAAUAAUAAUAAUGAUGAUUAAACAUAAACAACAUGAGUAGGCAUCAAGAUCUUUGGCACUUGAUUUUCCUCAGCUUUCUGUAACUUUUGAUUUCAUUGAAAGGUUGAAAUUCCUCCACUGUGAGUACAUGAGCCUCUUUAGCCAAAUGCUGUGGGCUUGCCACUUGGACGUUUGCGGGGUGGGGGGGGAGGGAUUUCGAGGUCUGGCCCAUAGAAUUUCUUUUGAGACGUGGACCAAAACAAAAACUCAACAACAACAACCAACGACAUCAAAACACACACACAGAAAUUCUCCCCAUCUGCUGGAGGCAAUGAUAGAAACAUUAGUCGGAGGGUAUUUUUUAAGAAAAAAAAAUUAAUUUUAUUCCAAAGAUGUAAAACUUAACACAAGUUAGAAACAAUUCCUGGAGCACUGCUUGCUGACAAUCUUGUAGUUCUCUACUUCUACAUUUGAAUACUUUUUUGGCCAUUCCAUCCGGAGUUCCGUGGGAUUGCAUUUGAAUGUGUGGAGCAUUCUUUCCGGGUGAUAGCUGGGAGUGUGAGUGUACUUGAACCUCAGCUGUAUUCCUCUGCAGCACAUCCAGCCAGUGCGUUAGAUGAAAAUGUAGACACCCUAGAAUCUCAUUUUUGUUUGCGGCCUUCAGCAUGAGUGCAUGGACACAUCACAUCACUCGCGGUCAAUAGGCCUUGGGCUGCCAACAUCCAUAAGGGUCCUCUCCUGAGCAAUAGCUGCUCUUGCCUCUUGAAAUGCUACUAUUAUUAAGGGUCUACAAGACAACUUAAAUUUUAAACUGACAACUCAAUGCAAGGCUCUUAAAAAAAAUAACACCCAUAACCUUUUUUUUUUUAUAAGGAGUAAUCAUUAAUUAUUUACUUCCUAUUGUCAUUUGUGGUCUUGUCAGGUUCUCAUUUAAAUGUGGCAGAACAAGGGCCCUUUGGUACUCAUCGGAAUGUCUGGAAUGUUUUGGUAAUUCCUCUAUCUUUCCUUGUACCAGUGAGACCCUUUGUUAAUUUGUUUUUGACCUCUCCCAGAGCUGGGCUCAUUGAUACUUGGUGGUGGCACUCUCUUACUCCUGAUUCAUUUGUUGGAACGUUAGAAUUGCUGAAGGACUUGAUAGUUGCUAUGUAUGUUACUUUAAAGCGGUGUUCCUUUAAGCUGAAGUCUCUUCUGUGAAUUACAACCAGCCCCAAUUGGCACAGGAACUAGAUGCUAUUGUUUGGGAGAAACAAUUGAGACCAAAUAUCCACUGAAAAUGCCUUUCUUACCAGCUGGUGAGAAGGUACAAGGACGUUUGUAAGGGCCUACUUAAGGAACUGAUCUUAGUGCAUACAUAUGUGUAUACACACUCACAUAUAUGAAGAUCUGGUGCAUAUAUAUGCUUAUAUG